AUGGUGGCCGGCAUGCUCAUGCCACGGGACCAGCUGCGGGCCAUCUAUGAGGUGCUCUUCCGCGAGGGCGUGAUGGUGGCCAAGAAGGACCGGCGGCCCCGCAGCUGGCACCCCCAUGUGCCCGGCGUCACCAACCUGCAGGUCAUGCGUGCCAUGGCGUCCCUGCGGGCACGGGGCCUGGUCCGUGAGACCUUUGCCUGGUGCCACUUUUACUGGUACCUCACCAAUGAAGGCAUUGCCCACCUCCGCCAGUACCUGCACCUGCCACCGGAGAUCGUGCCUGCCUCUCUGCAGCGCGUGCGCCGCCCCGUCGCCAUGGUGAUGCCCGCACGCCGCACCCCCCACGUGCAGGCUGUGCAGGGUCCCCUGGGCUCCCCACCCAAGCGGGGGCCACUGCCGGUGGAGGAGCAGCGGGUCUACCGUCGGAAGGAGCUUGAGGAGGUGUCACCUGAGACCCCUGUGGUGCCUGCUACCACCCAGGGGACCCUGGCCAGGCCAGGCCCGGAGCCUGCCCCAGCCACAGAUGAGCGGGAUCGUGUGCAGAAGAAAACCUUCACCAAGUGGGUCAACAAGCACCUCAUCAAGGCCCAGAGGCACAUCAGUGACUUGUAUGAAGACCUCCGCGAUGGCCACAACCUCAUCUCCCUGCUGGAGGUCCUCUCGGGGGACAGCCUGCCCCGGGAGAAGGGGAGAAUGCGUUUCCACAAGCUGCAGAACGUCCAGAUUGCCCUGGACUACCUCCGGCACCGCCAGGUGAAGCUGGUGAACAUCAGGAAUGAUGACAUUGCCGACGGCAACCCCAAGCUGACCCUUGGCCUCAUCUGGACAAUCAUUCUGCACUUCCAGAUCUCAGACAUCCAGGUGAGCGGGCAGUCGGAGGAUAUGACGGCCAAGGAGAAGCUGCUGCUGUGGUCACAGCGCAUGGUGGAAGGGUACCAGGGCCUGCGAUGUGACAACUUCACCUCCAGCUGGAGAGACGGCCGCCUCUUCAACGCCAUCAUCCACCGUCACAAGCCCAUGCUCAUCGACAUGAACAAGGUGUACCGGCAGACCAAUCUGGAGAACCUGGACCAGGCUUUCUCUGUGGCGGAGCGGGACCUGGGAGUGACACGGCUCCUGGACCCUGAGGAUGUGGACGUCCCUCAGCCCGACGAGAAGUCCAUCAUCACCUACGUCUCGUCGCUGUAUGACGCCAUGCCCCGUGUGCCAGACGUGCAGGAUGGGGUGAGGGCCAACGAGCUGCAGCUGCGCUGGCAGGAGUACCGGGAGCUGGUGCUGCUGCUGCUGCAGUGGAUACGACACCACACCGCUGCCUUUGAGGAACGCAGGUUCCCCUCCAGCUUCGAGGAGAUUGAGAUCCUGUGGUCUCAGUUCUUGAAGUUUAAAGAGAUGGAGCUUCCAGCCAAGGAGGCCGACAAGAACCGGUCCAAGGGCAUCUACCAAUCCCUGGAGGGAGCGGUGCAAGCAGGCCAGCUCAAGGUGCCCCCUGGCUACCACCCGCUGGACGUGGAGAAAGAGUGGGGCAAGCUGCACGUGGCCAUCCUGGAGCGGGAGAAGCAGCUCCGCAGCGAGUUUGAGAGGCUGGAGUGUCUUCAGCGCAUCGUGACCAAGCUGCAGAUGGAGGCGGGGCUGUGUGAGGAGCAGCUGAACCAGGCCGACACCCUGCUGCAGUCGGAUGUCCGGCUGCUGGCCGCAGGCAAAGUGCCGCAGCGGGCAGGGGAGGUGGAACGGGACCUGGACAAAGCGGAUAGCAUGAUCCGGCUGCUGUUCAAUGACGUGCAGACCCUCAAGGAUGGACGGCACCCGCAGGGCGAGCAGAUGUACCGCAGGGUAUACCGUCUGCACGAGCGCCUGGUAGCCAUCCGCACCGAGUACAACCUCCGGCUGAAGGCGGGCGUGGCGGCCCCUGCAACCCAGGUGACCCAGGUGACUCUGCAGAGUGUGCAGAGGCGCCCUGAGCUGGAGGACUCCACUCUGCGCUACCUGCAGGACCUGCUGGCGUGGGUAGAGGAGAACCAGCACCGUGUGGAUGGCGCUGAGUGGGGUGUGGACCUGCCCAGCGUGGAGGCGCAGCUGGGCAGCCACCGAGGCCUGCACCAGUCCAUCGAAGAAUUCCGGGCCAAGAUUGAGCGGGCACGGAGUGAUGAGGGCCAGCUCUCCCCUGCCACCCGGGGUGCCUACCGUGACUGCCUGGGUCGGCUGGACCUGCAGUACGCCAAGCUGCUGAAUUCCUCCAAGGCCCGCCUUAGGUCCCUGGAGAGCUUGCACAGCUUUGUGGCAGCCGCCACUAAGGAGCUAAUGUGGCUAAAUGAAAAGGAGGAGGAGGAAGUGGGCUUCGACUGGAGCGACCGCAACACCAACAUGACCGCCAAGAAGGAGAGCUACUCGGCCCUGAUGCGGGAGCUGGAGCUGAAGGAGAAGAAGAUCAAGGAGCUCCAGAGUGCUGGGGACCGGCUGCUGCGGGAGGACCACCCGGCCCGGCCCACGGUGGAGUCCUUCCAGGCGGCCCUGCAGACGCAGUGGAGCUGGAUGUUGCAGCUGUGCUGCUGCAUCGAGGCACACCUGAAGGAGAACGCUGCCUACUUUCAGUUCUUCUCAGAUGUGCGGGAGGCCGAGGGGCAGUUGCAGAAGCUGCAGGAGGCGCUGCGUAGGAAGUACAGCUGUGAUCGCUCCGCCACCGUCACCCGGCUGGAGGACCUGCUGCAGGAUGCCCAGGACGAAAAGGAACAGCUGAACGAGUACAAGGGGCACCUCUCGGGCCUGGCCAAGCGGGCCAAGGCCAUCGUGCAGCUGAAGCCCCGCCACCCAGCCCACCCCAUGCGGAGCCGCCUGCCCCUGCUGGCCGUGUGCGACUAUAAGCAGGUGGAGGUAACCGUGCACAAGGGUGACGAGUGCCAGCUGGUGGGCCCUGCGCAGCCGUCCCACUGGAAGGUGCUCAGCAGCUCCGGCAGCGAGGCCGCCGUGCCCUCCGUGUGCUUCCUGGUGCCCCCGCCCAACCAGGAGGCCCAGGAGGCUGUCACCAGGUUGGAGGCCCAGCACCAGGCCCUGGUCACGCUGUGGCACCAGUUGCACGUGGACAUGAAGAGCCUUCUGGCCUGGCAGAGCCUUCGCCGUGACGUGCAGCUCAUCCGCUCCUGGUCCCUGGCCACGUUCCGCACCCUGAAGCCAGAGGAGCAGCGCCAAGCCCUGCACAGCCUGGAGCUGCACUACCAGGCCUUCCUGCGGGACAGCCAGGACGCAGGCGGCUUUGGGCCCGAGGACCGGCUGAUGGCCGAGCGCGAGUACGGCUCCUGCAGCCACCACUACCAGCAGCUACUGCAGAGCCUGGAGCAGGGUGCACAGGAAGAGUCUCGCUGCCAGCGCUGCAUCUCUGAGCUCAAAGACAUCCGGCUGCAGCUGGAGGCCUGUGAGACGCGCACCGUGCACCGCCUGCGGCUGCCGCUGGACAAAGAGCCGGCCCGGGAGUGUGCGCAGCGCAUCGCUGAGCAGCAGAAGGCGCAGGCGGAGGUGGAGGGACUGGGUAAAGGGGUCGCCCGGCUCUCCGCCGAGGCCGAGAAGGUCCUGGCCCUGCCAGAGCCAUCACCUGCGGCCCCCACGCUGCGCUCGGAGCUGGAGCUGACGCUGGGCAAGCUGGAGCAGGUCCGCAGCCUGUCUGCCAUCUACCUGGAGAAGCUCAAGACCAUCAGCCUGGUGAUCCACAGCACGCAGGGAGCCGAGGAGGUGCUCAGGGCCCAUGAGGAGCAGCUCAAAGAGGCCCAGGCCGUGCCGGCCACCCUCCCAGAGCUCGAGGCCACCAAGGCCUCUCUGAAGAAGCUGCGGUCCCAGGCUGAGGCACAGCAGCCCGUGUUUGACGCCCUGCGGGAUGAGCUGCGGGGGGCGCAGGAGGUGGGGGAGCGACUGCAGCAGCGGCACGGGGAGCGGGACGUGGAGGUGGAGCGCUGGCGGGAGCGGGUCGCCCAGCUGCUUGAGCGCUGGCAGGCUGUGUUGGCCCAGACCGAUGUGCGGCAGCGUGAGCUCGAGCAACUGGGCCGCCAGCUGCGUUACUACCGCGAGAGCGCAGACCCCCUGGGCGCCUGGCUGCAGGAUGCCAGGCAGCGGCAGGAGCAGAUUCAGGCCGUGCCUCUGGCCAACAGCCAGGCUGUGCGGGAGCAGCUGCGGCAGGAGAAGGCCCUUCUGGAGGAGAUCGAGCGCCAUGGCGAGAAGGUCGAGGAGUGCCAGAGGUUUGCGAAACAGUACAUCAACGCCAUCAAGGACUAUGAACUCCAGCUGGUCACAUACAAGGCGCAGCUUGAGCCGGUGGCCUCCCCGGCCAAGAAGCCCAAGGUCCAGUCCGGAUCAGAGAGUGUCAUCCAGGAGUAUGUGGACCUGCGUACGCGCUACAGUGAGCUGACCACACUCACGAGCCAGUACAUCAAGUUCAUCAGUGAGACUCUGCGUCGCAUGGAGGAGGAGGAGAGGCUGGCUGAGCAGCAGCGGGCAGAGGAGCGCGAGCGGCUGGCCGAGGUGGAGGCUGCGCUGGAGAAGCAGCGGCAGCUGGCCGAGGCGCACGCCCAGGCAAAGGCACAGGCGGAGCGGGAGGCGAAGGAGCUGCAGCAGCGCAUGCAGGAGGAGGUGGUGCGGCGGGAGGAGGCGGCAGUGGAUGCGCAGCAGCAGAAGCGCAGCAUCCAGGAGGAGCUGCAGCAGCUGCGGCAGAGUUCGGAGGCAGAGAUCCAGGCCAAGGCCCGGCAGGCAGAGGCAGCGGAGCGCAGCCGGCUGCGCAUUGAGGAGGAGAUCCGCGUGGUGCGCCUGCAGCUGGAGGCCACUGAGCGCCAGCGUGGUGGGGCUGAGGGGGAGCUGCAGUCCCGGCGGCAGGUGGAAGAAGCCGAGCGGUUGAAGCAGUCGGCAGAGGAGCAGGCACAGGCCCGGGCUCAGGCGCAGGCGGCUGCAGAGAAGCUGCGCAAGGAAGCCGAACAAGAGGCAGCACGACGGGCACAGGCGGAGCAGGCGGCCCUGCGGCAGAAGCAGGCAGCUGAUGCAGAGAUGGAGAAGCAUAAGAAGUUCGCCGAACAGACGCUGCGGCAGAAGGCGCAGGUGGAGCAGGAGUUGACCACACUGCGGCUGCAGCUGGAGGAGACCGACCACCAGAAGAACCUGCUGGACGAGGAGCUGCAGCGGCUGAAGGCGGAGGCGACGGAGGCCGCACGCCAGCGUAGCCAGGUGGAGGAGGAGCUCUUCUCAGUGCGUGUGCAAAUGGAGGAGCUGAGCAAGCUCAAGGCACGCAUCGAGGCCGAGAACCGUGCACUCAUCUUGCGCGACAAGGACAAUACGCAGCGUUUCCUGCAGGAGGAGGCUGAGAAGAUGAAGCAGGUGGCGGAGGAGGCCGCGCGGCUGAGCGUGGCAGCUCAGGAGGCUGCGCGACUGCGGCAGCUGGCAGAGGAGGACCUGGCACAGCAGCGAGCCUUGGCGGAGAAGAUGCUCAAGGAGAAGAUGCAGGCGGUGCAGGAGGCUACGCGACUCAAGGCUGAGGCAGAGCUGCUGCAGCAGCAGAAGGAGCUUGCACAGGAGCAGGCUCGGCGGCUGCAGGAGGACAAGGAGCAGAUGGCACAGCAGCUGGCGGAGGAGACGCAGGGCUUCCAGCGGACACUGGAGGCCGAGCGGCAGCGGCAGCUGGAGAUGAGCGCUGAGGCUGAGCGCCUCAAGCUGCGUAUGGCUGAGAUGAGCCGCGCCCAGGCCCGCGCUGAGGAGGACGCCCAGCGCUUCCGGAAGCAGGCGGAGGAGAUCGGUGAGAAGCUGCACCGCACAGAGCUUGCUACGCAGGAGAAGGUGACGCUGGUGCAGACGCUGGAGAUCCAGCGACAGCAGAGUGACCACGAUGCCGAGCGCCUGCGGGAGGCCAUUGCUGAGCUGGAGCGUGAGAAGGAGAAGCUCCAACAGGAGGCCAAACUGCUGCAGCUCAAGUCUGAGGAGAUGCAGACGGUGCAGCAGGAACAACUGCUGCAGGAGACGCAGGCCCUGCAGCAGAGCUUCCUCUCUGAGAAGGACAGCCUGCUACAGCGGGAGCGCUUCAUCGAGCAGGAGAAGGCCAAGCUGGAGCAGCUCUUCCAGGACGAGGUGGCCAAGGCACAGCAGCUGCGUAAGGAGCAGCAGCGGCAGCAGGAACAGAUGGAGCAGGAACGGCAGCGGCUGGUGGCCAGCAUGGAGGAGGCCCGGCGGCGGCAGCGUGAGGCCGAGGAGGGCGUGCGGCGCAAGCAGGAGGAGCUGCAGCAGCUGGAGCAGCAGCGGCGGCAGCAGGAGGAGCUGCUGGCUGAGGAGAACCAGAGGCUGCGUGAGCAGCUGCAGCGCCUGGAGGAGGAGCACCGGGCCGCACUUGCGCACUCAGAGGAGGUCACUGCCUCUCAGGUGGCCGCCACAAAGACCCUGCCCAACGGCCGGGAUGCACUUGAUGGCCCUGCGACAGAGGCAGAGCCGGAGCACAGCUUCGAUGGCCUGCGGCAGAAGGUGCCAGCCCAGAGGCUGCAGGAGGCCGGCAUCCUGAGUGUGGAGGAGCUACAGCGGCUGGCACAGGGCCACACCACAGUGGACGAGCUUGCGCGGCGGGAAGAUGUACGCCACUACCUGCAGGGCCACAGCAGUAUCGCGGGGCUGUUGCUGAAGCCCACCAAUGAGAAGCUGAGUGUUUACACCGCCCUGCAGAGGCAGCUGCUGAGCCCUGGCACGGCCCUCAUCCUGCUGGAGGCUCAGGCGGCCUCAGGCUUCCUGCUGGACCCGGUGCGGAACCGACGGCUGACUGUCAAUGAGGCUGUGAAGGAGGGCGUGGUGGGCCCUGAGCUGCACCACAAGCUGCUGUCGGCCGAGCGCGCCGUCACUGGCUACAAGGACCCCUACACCGGGCAGCAGAUCUCCCUCUUCCAAGCCAUGCAGAAGGACCUCAUCGUCCGGGAGCACGGCAUCCGCCUGCUGGAGGCCCAGAUCGCCACGGGCGGCAUCAUCGACCCCGUGCACAGCCACCGCGUGCCCGUGGACGUGGCCUACCGGCGCGGCUACUUCGACGAGGAGAUGAACCGCGUCCUGGCGGACCCCAGCGACGACACCAAGGGCUUCUUCGACCCCAACACGCACGAGAACCUCACGUACCUGCAGCUGCUGGAGCGCUGCGUGGAGGACCCCGAGACGGGCCUGCGCCUUCUACCACUCACGGAUAAGGCUGCCAAGGGCAGGGAGCUGGUCUACACCGACUCCGAGGCCCGGGACGUCUUUGAGAAGGCCACUGUGUCCGCGCCGUUCGGCAAGUUCCAGGGCAAGACGGUGACCAUCUGGGAAAUCAUCAACUCGGAAUACUUCACAGCAGAGCAGCGGCGGGACCUGCUACGGCAGUUCCGCACGGGCCGGAUCACGGUGGAGAAGAUCAUCAAGAUCAUCAUCACGGUGGUGGAGGAGCAGGAGCAGAAGGGCCAGCUCUGCUUCGAGGGCCUGCGCAGCCUGGUGCCAGCCGCCGAGCUGCUGGAGAGCAGGGUCAUCGACCGCGAGCUCUACCACCAGCUGCAACAAGGUGAGCGCUCUGUGCGAGAGGUGGCCGAGGUGGACACUGUGCGGCGGGCCCUCCGGGGUGCCAACGUCAUCGCAGGCGUGUGGCUGGAGGAGGCGGGGCAGAGGCUGAGCAUCUACGACGCCCUGAAGAAAGACCUGCUGCCGUCUGACGUGGCUGUGGCCCUGUUGGAAGCCCAGGCUGGCACCGGGCACAUCAUCGACCCCUCCACCAGCGCCCGGCUGACCGUGGACGAGGCAGUGCGCGCCGGCCUGGUGGGCCCCGAGUUUCAUGAGAAGCUGCUGUCAGCCGAGAAGGCUGUGACGGGAUACAGGGACCCCUACACGGGGCAGAGUGUCUCGCUGUUCCAGGCCCUGAAGAAGGGCCUUAUUCCCCGGGAGCAGGGCCUGCGCCUGUUGGACGCCCAGUUGUCCACGGGAGGUGUCGUGGACCCCAGCAAGAGCCACCGCGUGCCCCUGGAUGUUGCCUGCGCCCGAGGCUUCCUGGACGAGGAGACCAGCAGGGCCCUGUCAGCACCAAGGGCCGACGCCAAGGCCUACUGCGACCCCAGCACAGGGGAGCCGGUCACCUACAGCGAGCUCCAGCAGCGGUGCCGGCCCGACCAGCUGACCGGGCUGAGCCUGCUGCCGCUCUCAGAGAAGGCUGCUCGGGCCCGGCAGGAGGAGCUCUACUCAGAGCUGCAGGCCCGUGAGACCUUCGAGAAGACCCCGGUUGACGUCCCCGUGGGCGGCUUCAAGGGCAGGACGGUGACAGUGUGGGAGCUCAUCAGCUCUGAGUACUUCACCGCAGAGCAGCGGCAGGAGCUGCUGCGUCAGUUCCGCACCGGCAAGGUCACCGUGGAGAAGGUCAUCAAGAUCCUCAUCACCAUCGUGGAGGAGGUGGAGACCCUGCGGCAGGAGAGGCUGUCCUUCAGCGGCCUCCGUGCCCCUGUGCCAGCCAGCGAGCUCCUGGCUUCCAGGGUCCUCAGCAGAGCCCAGUUUGAGCAGCUCAAGGACGGCAAGACGACGGUCAAGGACCUUUCGGAGCUGGACUCCGUGCGGACGCUGCUGCAGGGCAGUGGCUGCCUCGCUGGCAUCUACCUGGAGGACACCAAGGAGAAGGUGUCCAUCUACGAGGCCAUGCGCCGGGGCCUGCUGAGACCCAGCACCGCUGCGCUCCUGCUGGAGGCGCAGGCGGCCACUGGCUUCCUGGUGGACCCCGUGCGGAACCAGCGCCUGUAUGUCCACGAGGCCGUGAAGGCAGGCGUGGUGGGCCCCGAGCUUCAUGAGCAGCUGCUAUCGGCCGAGAAGGCUGUCACCGGCUACAGAGACCCCUACUCAGGCAGUACCAUCUCCCUCUUCCAGGCCAUGCAGAAGGGCCUGGUCCUCCGGCAGCACGGCAUCCGCCUGCUGGAGGCCCAGAUCGCCACGGGCGGCAUCAUUGACCCCGUGCACAGCCACCGCGUGCCCGUGGACGUGGCCUACCAGCGUGGCUACUUCAACGAGGAGAUGAACCGCGUCUUGGCGGACCCCAGCGAUGACACCAAGGGCUUCUUCGACCCCAACACGCACGAGAACCUCACAUAUAGGCAGCUGCUGGAGCGCUGCGUGGAGGACCCUGAGACGGGCCUGCGCCUCCUGCCAUUGAAAGGAGCGGAGAAGGCUGAGGUGGUGGAGACCACACAGGUGUACACUGAGGAGGAGACACGAAGGGCAUUUGAAGAGACGCAGAUUGACAUUCCUGGCAGCGGCAGCCACGGCGGCUCCACCAUGUCCCUGUGGGAGGUGAUGCAGUCGGACCUGAUCCCCGAGGAGCAGCGGGCCCAGCUGAUGGCUGACUUUCAGGCCGGCCGGGUGACCAAGGAACGCAUGAUCAUCAUCAUCAUUGAGAUCAUUGAGAAGACGGAGAUCAUCCGCCAGCAGGGUCUGGCCUCCUACGACUACGUGCGCCGCCGCCUCACGGCUGAGGACCUCUACGAGGCUCGGAUCAUCUCCCUCGAGACCUACAACCUGCUCCGGGAGGGCACCAGGAGCCUCCGUGAGGCCCUCGAGGCGGAGUCCGCCUGGCGCUACCUCUAUGGCACGGGCUGUGUGGCCGGCGUCUACUUGCCCGGCUCCAGGCAGACACUGAGCAUCUACCAGGCCCUCAAGAAAGGGCUGCUGAGUGCCGAGGUGGCCCGCCUGCUGCUGGAGGCACAAGCAGCCACGGGCUUCCUGCUGGAUCCGGUGAAGGGGCAGCGGCUGACUGUGGAUGAGGCUGUGCGGAAGGGCCUGGUGGGGCCCGAGCUGCACGACCGCCUGCUCUCGGCUGAGCGGGCGGUCACUGGCUACCGCGACCCCUACACUGAGCAGACCAUCUCGCUCUUCCAGGCCAUGAAGAAGGAGCUGAUCCCUACUGAGGAGGCCCUGCGGCUGCUGGAUGCCCAGCUGGCCACUGGCGGCAUUGUGGACCCCCGCCUGGGCUUCCACCUUCCACUGGAGGUGGCUUACCAGCGCGGCUACCUCAACAAGGAAACGCACGACCAGCUGUCCGAGCCCAGCGAGGUGCGCAGCUACGUGGACCCGUCCACCGACGAGCGCCUCAGCUACACGCAGCUGCUCAGACGGUGUCGCCGUGACGAUAGCACUGGCCAGCUGCUCCUGCCGCUGUCGGACGCUCGCAAGCUGACCUUCCGUGGCCUGCGGAAGCAGAUCACUGUGGAGGAGCUGGUGCGCUCGCAGGUCAUGGACGAGGCCACGGCGCUGCAGCUGCGGGAGGGCCUGACCUCCAUCGAGGAGGUCACCAAGAACUUACAGAAGUUCCUGGAAGGCACCAGCUGCAUCGCUGGCGUCUUCGUGGACGCCACCAAGGAACGGCUCUCGGUGUACCAGGCCAUGAAGAAGGGCAUCAUCCGCCCCGGCACGGCCUUUGAGCUUCUAGAGGCGCAGGCGGCCACCGGGUACGUCAUCGACCCCAUCAAGGGACUGAAGCUGACGGUGGAGGAGGCUGUGCGUAUGGGCAUUGUGGGCCCCGAGUUCAAGGACAAGCUGCUGUCGGCUGAGCGAGCCGUCACCGGGUACAAGGACCCCUACUCUGGGAAGCUCAUCUCCCUCUUCCAGGCCAUGAAGAAGGGCCUGAUCCUGAAGGACCACGGCAUCCGCCUGCUGGAGGCCCAGAUCGCCACGGGCGGCAUCAUCGACCCCGAGGAGAGCCACCGGCUGCCCGUGGAGGUGGCCUACAAGCGUGGCCUCUUCGACGAGGAGAUGAACGAGAUCCUGACCGACCCCUCGGACGACACCAAGGGCUUCUUUGACCCCAACACGGAGGAGAACCUCACCUACCUGCAGCUGAUGGAGCGUUGUAUCACCGACCCCCAGACGGGCCUGUGCCUCCUGCCGCUGAAGGAGAAGAAGCGGGAGCGGAAGACGUCCUCCAAGUCCUCCGUGCGCAAGCGCCGAGUGGUCAUCGUGGACCCCGAGACGGGCAAGGAGAUGUCAGUGUACGAGGCCUACCGCAAGGGCCUCAUUGACCACCAGACGUACCUGGAGCUGUCCGAGCAGGAGUGCGAGUGGGAGGAGAUCACCAUCUCCUCCUCGGACGGCGUAGUUAAGUCCAUGAUCAUCGACCGCCGCUCCGGCCGCCAAUAUGACAUUGACGACGCCAUCGCCAAGAACCUCAUCGACCGCUCAGCACUGGACCAGUACCGCGCCGGCACGCUCUCCAUCACCGAGUUCGCCGACAUGCUCUCGGGCAAUGCCAGCGGCUUCCGGUCCCGUUCCUCCUCCGUGGGAUCCUCCUCCUCCUACCCCAUCAGCCCCGCCGUCUCCAGGACCCAGCUGGCCUCCUGGUCAGACCCCACUGAGGAGACGGGCCCCGUGGCUGGCAUCCUGGACACGGAGACGCUGGAGAAGGUGUCCAUCACCGAGGCCAUGCACCGCAACCUGGUGGAUAACAUCACAGGGCAGCGACUGCUGGAGGCACAGGCCUGCACUGGGGGCAUCAUCGACCCCAGCACCGGCGAGCGCUUCCCUGUCACCGACGCUGUUAACAAGGGCCUGGUGGACAAGAUCAUGGUGGACCGCAUCAAUCUGGCCCAGAAGGCCUUCUGCGGCUUUGAGGACCCACGCACCAAGACCAAGAUGUCGGCCGCCCAGGCCCUGAAGAAGGGCUGGCUCUACUACGAGGCUGGCCAGCGCUUCCUGGAGGUGCAGUACCUGACCGGUGGCCUGAUUGAGCCCGACACGCCAGGCCGCGUGCCCUUGGACGAGGCCCUGCAGCGCGGCACGGUGGAUGCCCGCACUGCACAGAAGCUGCGUGACGUGGGCGCCUACUCCAAGUACCUCACCUGCCCUAAGACCAAGCUCAAGAUCUCCUACAAGGACGCGCUGGACCGCAGCAUGGUGGAGGAGGGCACAGGGCUGCGGCUGCUGGAGGCUGCCGCGCAGUCCAGCAAGGGCUACUACAGCCCCUACAGCGUCAGCGGCUCCGGCUCCACCGCCGGCUCCCGCACCGGCUCCCGCACCGGCUCCCGGGCCGGCUCCCGCCGCGGCAGCUUUGACGCCACUGGCUCUGGCUUCUCCAUGACCUUCUCUUCGUCCUCCUACUCCUCCUCAGGCUACGGCCGCCGCUACGCCUCAGGGUCCUCGGCCUCCGUGGGGGGCCCUGAGUCCGCCGUGGCCUGAGCCUGCCUGCGCCCACCCCGCUCUGCAUGCGGCCCAGCCCGGCUCCCACCGAGGCGCUGGGGUCGUUUUCAACGCUUAAAGGUGUCUUCCUCCCAAGUGGUGCCUAAAGUUUAACCAAAAAGACCAGACUAAUAUAUUAAUAUAUAUCUGCUGUCCAGACAGCCUGUAUCUUGGGGGACAGGGCUGGCCCAGCCCUGCUGGCCGUCUCACCCCCUCGGGUCUCCCCACUCCCCUCUACCUGCCACUCACACAGCCAGGUGCCUUGGAGGGUCCCACGCUGGGCCCCAGCCCACCCUCCUGUCCCCAGGGUUGCCCGUCUGCCUGUCCUAGCUGCACAGGGCAGCUGGGCUCAGCCCCGUCAGUAGAGGGCCCCUGGUGUUUCUAGCACUGGCCUGCACGGUAGGCCUUGCUGGGGAUGGGGAGCCCCAGUCGGCCUCUCUCCCAGUCUACCCAGAGAAGCCCCUUCCCCAUGGGAAGACGAGGCCCUCGGGCCCAGCCCCCACAGUGCUGUCUGACCUGUGCUUUCCAGCUCACCCCCCACACUCACUCCUGAGACCUCUGGCCUCCGGCAUCAGCCUCCAGCCUCUGUUCCCCUAGUAAGUGCCUUCCAUGUCGGCCUCUAACCCCAGGCCCUGAGGACCCAGACCCGGUGGGGAGACGGACGUUCCAGCUGGCAUGGCUGGGAGCUGCAGACCUGCCCUGGUGGGUCCAGGGGCCCCUUCAGCUUGUGGACCCCACCCUGGGGUGCUGCCUGCCCGUCUCUCUCCCAGGGAGUCCCAGCCCACUUUGGGCCCAGGGAUGCCGGCCAGGCUCUGUGCUGACCGUCCUGUUCCACCCAGCCCUGGCCUCAGCAGCGACCGCCCCUGCCUCCACCUUCCGAGCUUUGCAUGUUCCACUAACCCUGGGCGGGUGGCAGGUGGAGGUGUCAGGCUGCUGGCGCCUCUGCAAGGGCAGAACACUAACCUGACCGUGGGCGGGGCCUUGCGGCAUCCGCCCCCAAUAAAAGCAAUUCCAACCUU